AUGUCUGAAAAUGACACAUAUCAGACCCCGCUGGCUUCGCGAUAUGCGAGCAAGGAGAUGAAAACAAUCUUCUCCGCCCGCACCCGCGCAACAACAUGGCGGAAAUUGUGGAUUUGGCUGGCAGAGGCCGAAAAAGAGUUAGGAAUUAGUAUAUCCGAUGAAGCUAUUGCCCAGAUGGAGGCAAAUGUGGUGAUGACGGAUCAUUGCUUCAAGGUUUCCGCGGAGGAGGAAAAACGGCGUCGACAUGAUGUGAUGGCCCACGUUUACGCUUUUGGUCAAGUCGCCCCGGCCGCUGCAGGAAUCAUUCAUCUCGGAGCUACCUCUUGUUAUUGCACAGAUAAUGGAGACCUGAUUAAUAUUCGUGACGGUCUCAAUCUCCUUCUUCCCAAACUUGCGGUGGUUAUUCACAAACUGUCUCAAUUCGCCCUGGAAUAUAAGGAUAUGCCAACCCUUGGUUAUACUCAUUAUCAACCCGCACAGCUCAUCACUGUCGGUCGUCGUGCCGCUCAGUGGGUACAAGACCUUCUCAUGGACCUCGAAGACAUCCAGCGCACAAGGAAUGAUCUCAAAUUCCGUGGCGCUCAAGGAACUACCGGAACUCAAGCUAGUUUCAUGGAGAUUUUCCAAAACGAUCGGGCGAAGAUUGACAAAUUGAAUGAAAUUAUUUGCGCCAAAGCCGGAUUUCCUUCUUGCUACCCGAUCUCUACACAAACAUACACCCGCAAGGUCGACUUACGUGUUGCGAAUGCUCUCUCUGCAUUUGGAACCACGGUUCAGAGAAUUACGGGCGACAUUAGACAUCUUGCUUCGCAGAAGGAAAUGGAAGAACCGUUUGAGAAGGAUCAAAUUGGAUCUUCUGCCAUGGCUUACAAGCGUAACCCUAUGCGUUGCGAACGUAUUGCAAGUCUGGGACGCCACCUGGCAAACCUCAAUAAAAAUGCUGGGGAUACAUAUGCGCAGCAGUGGUUCGAGCGUACCCUUGACGAUAGUGCUAUUCGCCGUAUUUAUAUCCCGGAGAUGUUCUUAAGUGCUGACUCCAUUCUCAUGACAUUGGAUAAUGUGGUAUCUGGACUUGUUGUAUACCCAGCCAGAAUUCACAGCCGGUUGAUGGAAGAACUGCCCUUCAUGGCAACUGAGACUAUCCUUAUGAAGAUGGUAUCACUUGGGAGAUCGCGACAGGACGCCCAUGAGGAAAUCCGGGUGCUGUCACACCAGGCAAGCGAUGUGGUCAAGAACCAGGGAGGAGCAAACGACCUGAUUGAGAGAAUCAAGAAAUCAGAGUUCUUUGCCCCUGUAGCUGGGGAAGUCGAUCAAUUAUUAGAUCCAAAGAACUUCAUUGGCAGAUGUCCUGAACAGGUUGAGAAAUUCUGUGGGCCGAACGGAGAGGUCCAGAAAGCGUUGGAGCCUUAUAAGAAAAUGUUCGACCCGAGCAAAGUUUCCGAGCUUUCCGUCUGA